CAUAAAAUUGUGGGGGUUGCAGAAGGCAGGCGACGAAGCAUCGAGAGGAGAGAGAGAGAGAUCGUUGAAGUUGGAGGAGAGAGCGAAGAAGAAUGGAGGGAGAACCUACUCGAAUAAUGUUGGCUGUGAAUCAGUCAACCAUCAAAGGCUAUCCACACGCUUCCAUAAGUAGCACAAGGGCCUUCCAAUGGACUCUCCACAAGAUCGUCCGCUCCAACACCUCCGGUUUCAAGUUGCUCUUCCUCCAUGUCCAAAUCCCCGACGAAGACGCUUUUGAUGACGUCGAUAGCAUCUUUGCGUCACCUGAUGAUUUUAAAGACUUAAAGCAUAGGGAGAGGGCAAGAGGGCUUCUUCUACUGGAGUUCUUUGUGAAUAGAUGUCAUGAAAUUGGGGUUGGUUGUGAAGCUUGGCUUAAGAAAGGCGAUCCAACAGAAGUAAUUUGCCUCGAGGCAAAACGUGUGCGACCUGAUUUUCUAGUUGUGGGAAGUAGAGGCCUUGGCCCUUUCAAAAGGGUUUUCGUGGGCACUGUAAGUGAAUUCUGUGUAAAACAUGCCGAGUGCCCCGUCAUUACAAUCAAACGCGGGGAGGACGAGACACCCGAAGAUCCAGUCGACGACUGACCGACUUUCCAGUAUAACUCAUGGCAUCUUUGAUUUCGUUUCAUCCUGUUUAUAAAUAAGAAACUUCUUAGUGAGCGUCUGUGUAUUUAGUGAGCAAAAGUUACCAAUUCGCCACUGAUUUUCUCUUGUGUUGUGAUUUGUUCGAGCAUACAGUCACUGUUUGUUCAAUUGAUUGAUGACUCCCAUUUAGGAA